UAUUACAUCCCUGAGGACAAUAUUCACAGGAGAUCCCAGGGAUGACCCUAUUUCCCGGGAUCUUUCUGGGAAAUACGGGACAGGUUCAGGAUAUCCCGAGGACAUUGUGUGCUGUGUGGGUCUAUGGCAAAUCGAAUUCUUUUGAAAGGGGCAAAGAAAAGUUGAAAGAAGCAGAAAUCUAUACAGAUUUGUCAACAGACUGUGAGGAGCCAAGAAAACAUCAACGCCGUCAUAGAGCAAAAAAAAUGUUUUUGUCUUUAUCUGAUGAAUCCAGUGAUGAACUGGCAAGAGACGUUUUGCCACUACCCACAGUGCCAAAUAGUAUUUUGGGCACUCCAGAAAGCCUAGAUACAGAGAUUAUUACUAAAAAAUUCCCACAAAACACAUCCACUCCAGAGACAAGUAAUUUGACUAAAUCAUCUUGCGAAGUGCAGGCCAGCAGUGUGAAUACACCCCCUCUCAGAUCAAAUCAGAAGGCAUCAAACGAUACAGAAGUUGUACGAUGCCGCAUAAAAGAUGCUGCCAAUACCGACAUCGAGGAGCCUGUAAAAAAGAGUGGCUUUCUAAAGCAAAAGAGAAGCUGGAUAGAAAAAGAAAACGAGAUGAAAUGACGACCUGAUCUAGGGCAACCUACAUGCAAUGUCCAUAUAUUACUAAUGAAACGAAACUGUAUGAAUAUUUUUAUUAUUCUUAUUUAAAAUAAUUAUUAUUAUCAUAAAUGUGUAAGAACAUGA